UGUUCCCCCACGCGCCUCAGCGGCAGUGACGUUAGACAGGCGCACCGACCUUCCUUGAGGCUGCGGGUCUACGGAGAGAUCGUCUUCUCUCCGCGGCCCGAGCUGCAGUUUCGUUGCGUAGGGCCUCGCGGAUUUCCGCAGCCUGGUGUUCUGGCCCGCGAGCACCCCGCAGCUGCGCGCCAUCUUCACCAAGCGCCAUGGCGGCGGCCGGCGGGCCGAAAGCGACCAGAUGCUGCCCUUUCUUCGGUCUCCUUUUGCUUCUGCUGAUCGCGGGCCCUACCCGGGGCUGGAACGACCCUGACAGAAUAUUGUUGAGGGAUAUAAAAGCUCUCACCCUCCACUAUGACCGCUAUACCACUUCCCGUAGGUUGGAUCCCAUCCCACAGUUGAAGUGUGUUGGAGGCACAGCUGGAUGUGAUUCUUACACCCCAAAGGUCAUACAGUGUCAGAACAAAGGCUGGGAUGGUUAUGAUGUACAGUGGGAAUGUAAGACUGACUUAGAUGUUGCGUACAAAUUUGGAAAAACUGUGGUGAGCUGUGAAGGCUAUGACUCCUCUGAAGACCAGUAUGUGCUAAGAGGUUCCUGUGGUUUGGAGUAUAACUUAGAUUACACAGAACUCGGCCUGAGGAAAUUGAGAGAGUCUGGAGAAAACCAUGGCUUUAAUUCUUUCUCUAAUUAUUAUAAUAAGUUGUACUCCCCAGAUUCCUGUAGCAUCAGUGGCGUGAUUACCAUUGUGCUGCUACUUGCUAUCGCCUUUGGAGUUUAUAAAUUCUUCCUUAGUGAUGGUCAGGAUCCUCCUCCACCAUAUUCUGAGUAUCCUCCAUAUUCCCAUCGUUAUCAGAGGUUCACCAACUCGGCAGGACCCCCUCCUCCAGGCUUCAAGUCUGAGUUCACAGGACCUCAUGGUGCAACUUCCGGUUUUGGCAGUGCUUUUACUGGACAACAAGGACAUGAAAAUUCAGGACCAGGCUUUUGGACUGGCUUGGGAACUGGAGGAAUAUUAGGAUAUUUGUUUGGCAGCAAUAGAGCAGCAACACCCUUCUCAGACUCGUGGUACUACCCAGCACACCCUCCCUCAUACACCAGCACAUGGAAUAGCCGGGCUUACUCACCACUACGUGGAGGCCCAGGCAGCUAUUCGGCCUGUUCAAGCUCAGAGCCAAGAACCAGAACAGCAUCAGGUAAGAGCAAAAACCAAGAAGCCCUAUUCAGUGAAGUACAGAAAUAAUUUGGAAUUUAAGGUGAUUAAUUUUAUAUUUAGCAAUCAUGGUUUUAUGUAAUACCAGAAAUAUUAGUUGCACAGCUGAGAUUAAAAUAAUAAUUCAGAUUCAUUCUUUCCUACCACUUUUUUUUUUUGGCUUUUUAGGGCCACACCUGUGGCAUGUGAAAGUUCCCAGGCUAGGGGUUAAAUUGGAGCUGCAGUUGCCGGCCUACACCACAGCCACAGGAACUUGGAUCUGAGCUGCAUCUGUGACCUACACCACAGCUCAUGGCAAUGCUGGAUUCUUAAUCCACUGAGUAAAGCCAGGGAUCAAACCCGUAUCCUUAUGGAUACUAGUCAUGUUUGUUACUGCUGAACCACAAUGGGUACUCCUUUCCUUCCUCCUGCUUCUAGUCUUUUUUUUUUUUUUUUCUGACCAUGUCCACAGCACGUGGAAGUUGCAGGGCCAGGGACCACACAGCAGUGACCUGAGGUGCUGCAGUGAUGAUGCCGGAUCCUUCACCCACUGUGCCACUGCGGAAUUCCUCAACACUUCUGUACUUUAAAACUCAAAGAGGAAUUUGAUUUCAGCUCAUUUCUACCAUGAACCAAAGUUUUAAACCUUCUAGGACAUUGGUUUCCACAUGUUUAAUUCUAUUUAAUAUAUGGGAGUCUUUUAUGCUCUAAAAUGGAACCUUUCUAGGUAGAAGGUUGGACUUUUCAAUUCGGUCAAACUCAAAACUGUAUUGAUACAUUCUUUAAUUGCCAAAGAUAUGUUUAUUGCCAUCGCUGAGAGGAAAUUUUCUUUAAAAAGCAGAGAUAAAAGACCAAAUUAUUCGGGAGUUCCCGUCAUGUCUCAGUGGUUAAUGAACCCGACUAGCAUCCAUGAGGACACAGGUUCGAUCCCUGGCCUCGCUCAGUGGGUUAAGGGUCUGGGGUUGCCAUGGCUCUGGCGUAGGCCAGUGGCUACAGUGCCUACUCCACUCCUAGUCUGGGAACCUCCAUAUACCGUGGGUGUGGCCCUGAAAGACAAAAAGUCAGAAAGUCAAAAAAAAAAAAGCCAAAUUAUUUGGAAUUAAACAUCUAGCUUGUUAGCAGAGAAUGGAAGGUCGUGGGUCAUGAGGCAGUGCUAGGUGGUUGUGUACUGGAUUUACCUUCUUCAGCAGGGGAAGUCAUAGAACACUGAAUAACUCUGGAAAUGGACAGAAAAUAUUUAAAUAUGCUUUAAAAUAUAAGCAGAAUUCUCAUAGUGCUGUGUGAAUAAAUUGAUAUGAUCACUUUGAAAAACUUGUUGGCAUCACCCACUAAAAUUGAACAUAAACAUCUCAAGAUCCAGCAGUUUCAUAGAUAGAUAGCAACAGAAAUGUAUACAUUUGUACACUAGACGGUAAGUACAAGGAUGUUCACAGUAUCUUUAUUCAUAGUACCUCCAACUGGAAGAAAUCCACAUACCUAUCAGCAGUAAAAUGGAUGAAUAAAUUGAGUUAUAUUCAGUGGAAUACUGUGCAACAGGGGAGUGAAUGAAUAGUUGUGUACAAUAAUGUGGACAGAUCUACCAAAUGUAAAGAAGCCAAACUCAAAAGAAUGUCCACAUUAUGACUGCAAAAUUCAUAUUUUAUAAAUAUACAUGUUUAAUAAGAAGCAAAACUUGGAAGUUCCCCUCAUGGCUCAGCAGUAACAAAUCUGACUAGUAUCCAUGAGGACAUGUUUCCAAUCACUGGCUUCGCUCAGUGGGUUAAAUGAUCCGGCAUUGCCGUGAGCUGCAGUGUACGUUGCAGAUGUAACUCAGAUCCUGCAUUGCUGUGGCUGUGGGGUAGGCUGGCAGCUACAGCUUUGAUUCGACCCCUAACCUGGGAACUUCCAUAUGUCAUGCGUGCGGCCCUAAAAACAAAAACAAAAAAAA